AGGAAGUUUCCUGAAGUUGUCGGUUUAUUCCGGAGCCCGGCCCGGGACCUGACCAGAUCGCAGAGGCCGCCCCGCCUGGGAGAAGAAGUCGGAUCUGGGGGGCUAGGAGCGGGGACGCCCCGAGUCCGAGAGCGCGGCUUUUUCUCUUUCUCUUUGCUCAUCCCUCGCCUUCCGGGCGCGCCGCCGGGAUCGUACUCGGACCGAAGAGGAGGAGGAAGGGCUGGGGUCGCCAGCUCUGCCCCUCCUGGGCACAUACUGCUCCGAGUCACAGCAGCGUAGACUAUCUCCUGGGUCGAAGCCGCGGUGUACCCGACCCAACCAGGAUUAUAAAACGGUGCGGAACCUCCCCACCAAGGCUGGGCGCCAUGUGGGGGCUGCUGAUUUGGACUCUGCUGGCCCUGCAUCGGAUCCGUGCGGCCGGAGCCCAAGAUGACGUGGCCCCCUAUUUCAAGACGGAGCCCGUGAGGACGCAGGUGCACCUGGAGGGGAACCGCCUGGUGCUCACGUGCAUGGCGGAGGGCAGCUGGCCGCUGGAGUUCAAGUGGCUGCACAACAACAGGGAGCUGACCAAGUUCUCCCUGGAGUACAGGUACAUGAUCACCAGCCUGGACCGCACCCAUGCUGGCUUCUACCGCUGCAUCGUGCGUAACCGGAUGGGGGCUCUGCUGCAGCGGCAGACAGAGGUCCAGGUGGCCUACAUGGGCAGCUUCGAGGAGGGCGAGAAGCGCCAGAGCGUCUCCCACGGAGAAGCCGCGGUCAUCCGCGCCCCGCGCAUCGCCAGCUUCCCCCGGCCGCAGGUGACCUGGUUCCGGGACGGCCGCAAGAUCCCACCCAGCAGCCGCAUAGCCAUCACCCUGGAGAACACCCUUGUCAUCCUGUCGUCGGUGGCUCCUGACGCGGGCCGCUACUACGUGCAGGCUGUUAAUGACCAGAACGGGGAUAACAAGACCAGCCAGCCCAUCACUCUCGCUGUGCAGAAUGUAGGGGGGCCUGCAGACCCCAUUGCUCCGACCAUCAUCAUCCCUCCCAAGAACACCAGCGUGGUGGCCGGGACCUCGGACGUGACCAUGGAGUGUGUGGCCAAUGCCAGGCCCCUGAUGAAGCUGCACAUCAUUUGGAAGAAGGAUGGGGCAUUGCUGUCAGGUGGCAUCAGCGACUACAACCGCCGGCUCACCAUCUCCAGCCCCACGAGCAGUGACGCCGGCUACUAUGAGUGUGAGGCCGUCCUGCGCAGCAGCAGUGUCCCCUCUGUCAUCCGUGGAGCCUACUUGUCUGUGCUGGAACCGCCCCAGUUUGUCAAGGAGCCGGAGAGACACAUCACAGCGGAGAUGGAGAAAGUGGUGGACAUUCCCUGUCGGGCCAAAGGUGUGCCCCCGCCCUCCAUCACCUGGUACAAGGACGCGGCCGUGGUGGAGGUGGAGAGGCUGAACCGCUUCCGGCAGCUCAGCAAUGGGGGCCUGCAGAUCAGCGGGCUGGUGCCCGACGACACGGGCAUGUUCCAGUGCUUUGCCCGAAACGCAGCCGGCGAGGCGCAAACCUCCACCUACCUGGCCGUCACCAGUAUUGCCCCCAACAUCACCAGGGGUCCCCUGGACAGCACAGUGAUCGACGGCAUGUCAGUGGUGCUAGCAUGUGAGACUUCGGGGGCACCCCGGCCAGCCAUCACCUGGCAGAAAGGGGAGCGCGUCUUGGCCAGUGGCUCUGUCCAGCUGCCCCGCUUCACGCUCCUCGAGUCCGGCAGCCUGCUUGUCAGCCCCACGCACAUCUCCGACGCCGGGACCUACACCUGUUUGGCGACCAACUCUCGCGGGGUGGACGAAGCCUCAGCCGACCUGGUCGUGUGGGCCCGGACCCGCAUCACCAGGCCUCCCCAGGACCAGAGCGUCAUCAAGGGUACCCAGGCCUCCAUGGUGUGCGGAGCGGCCCAUGACCCCCGUGUGACCAUCAGGUACGUCUGGGAGAAGGAUGGGGUCGCCCUGGGCAUGGAGGGCAACCCCCGCAUCCGCCUGGACAAAAACGGCUCCCUGCACAUCUCACAGACGUGGUCAGGGGACAUUGGCACAUACACCUGCCAGGUGCUCUCAGCAGGAGGCAACGACUCUCGGAGUGCCCACCUGCGUGUCAGACAACUGCCUCAUGCCCCUGAGCACCCAGCGGCGACUCUCAGCACCACGGAAAGGCGGGCCAUCAACCUGACAUGGGCCAAGCCCUUCGACGGCAACAGCCCCCUGAUCCGCUACAUCCUGGAGAUGUCGGAGAACAAUGCCCCCUGGGCAGUGCUCCUGGCCAGCGUAGACCCUGAGGCUACCUCGGUGGUGGUCAAGGGCUUGGUUCCUGCCCGCUCCUACCAGUUCCGUCUUUGUGCAGUCAACGACGUGGGGAAAGGACAGUUCAGCAAGGACACGGAGAGGGUCUCCCUCCCCGAGGAGCCCCCCACAGCCCCUCCGCAGAACGUCAUCGCCAGCGGCCGGACCAACCAGUCCAUCAUGAUCCAGUGGCAGCCGCCUCCUGAGAGCCACCAGAAUGGGCUCCUCAAGGGCUAUGUCAUCAGGUACUGCCUGGCUGGGCUGCCGGUUGGGUACCAGUUUAAGAACAUCACGGAUGCUGAUGUCAACAACCUGCUGCUGGAGGACCUCAUCAUCUGGACCAACUAUGAGAUCGAGGUGGCCGCCUACAACAGCGCCGGGCUGGGCGUCUACAGUGGCAAAGUCACCGAGUGGACCCUGCAGGGAGUCCCCACAGUCCCUCCAGGCAACGUGCAUGCAGAAGCCACCAACUCCACGACCAUCCGCUUCACCUGGAACGCCCCCAGCCCCCAGUUCAUCAAUGGCAUCAACCAGGGCUACAAGCUGAUGGCCUGGGAGCCAGAGCAGGAAGAGGAGGGUACCAUGGUGACUGCCCGGCCCAACUUUCAAGACAGCAUCCACGUGGGCUUUGUGUCGGGCCUGAAGAAGUUCACAGAGUACUUCGCCUCCGUGCUGUGCUUCACCACCCCUGGAGACGGGCCCCGCAGCACGCCCCAGCUGGUGCGCACCCACGAGGACGUGCCUGGGCCUGUGGGACACCUGAGCUUCAGUGAAAUCCUGGACACCUCGCUGAAAGUCAGCUGGCAAGAGCCAGGAGAGAAGAAUGGCAUCCUCACAGGGUACCGGAUCUCCUGGGAGGAAUAUAACCGAACCAACACCCGGGUGACCCACUACCUACCCAACGUGACCCUGGAGUACCGCGUCACAGGCCUCACUGCACUCACCACCUACACCAUCGAGGUGGCCGCCAUGACUGCCAAGGGCCAGGGCCAGGUGUCCGCCUCCACCAUCUCCUCGGGGGUGCCUCCAGAACUCCCAGGGGCCCCCACCAAUCUGGGCAUUUCCAACAUCGGCCCCCGCUCCGUGACCUUGCAGUUCAGGCCAGGCUAUGAUGGGAAAACCUCCAUCUCCCGCUGGCUGGUGGAGGCCCAGGUGGGCAUAGUCGGGGAGGGAGAAGAGUGGUUGCUGGUUCACCAGCUGGCCAACGAGCCCGAUGCCCGUGCCAUGGAGGUGCCAGAACUCAACCCCUUCACCUACUACAGCUUCCGCAUGCGCCAGGUGAACAUCGUGGGCACCAGUCCACCCAGCCAGCCUUCUAGAAGGAUCCAGACCCUCCAGGCACCCCCUGACAUGGCCCCAGCCAACGUGACCCUGCGCACAGCCAGUGAAACCAGCCUGUGGCUCCGCUGGAUGCCUCUCCCAGAGAUGGAAUACAAUGGAAACCCCGAGUCAGUGGGCUAUAAGAUCAAAUACGGCCGGGCAGAUGGCCGCAGCAAGACGCUGAGCCACGUGGUCCAGGACCGUAUGGAGCGCGAGUACACCAUCGAGGACCUGGAGGAAUGGACGGAGUACCGCGUGCAGGUGCAGGCCUUCAACGCCAUCGGCAGUGGGCCCUGGAGCCAGACCGUGAUGGGCAGGACCCGGGAGUCAGUCCCAUCCUCCGGCCCCACCAAUGUGUCUGCCCUGGCCACCACCUCCAGCAGCAUGCUGGUGCGCUGGAGCGAGAUCCCGGAGGCCGACCGCAACGGGCUCGUGCUGGGCUACAGGGUGAUGUACAAGGAGAAAGAUUCGGACUCCCAGCCCCGGUUCUGGCUGGUGGAAGGGAACUCGUCACGCAGCGCCCAGCUCACAGGCCUGGGCAAAUACGUGCUCUACGAGGUCCAGGUGCUGGCCUUCACGCGCAUCGGGGACGGCAGCCCCAGCCGCCCUCCCAUCCUGGAGCGGACGCUGGAUGAUGUCCCAGGACCGCCCGUGGGCAUCCUGUUCCCAGAGGUGAGGACCACAUCGGUGCGGCUGAUCUGGCAGCCCCCCACUGCCCCCAAUGGCAUCAUUCUUGCUUACCAGAUCGCACACCGGCUGAACGCCACUGUGGCCAGCACUGCUGUGGUAGAGGUUCUUGCACCCAGCACCCGCCAGUACACAGCCACCGGCCUCAAGCCCGAAUCUGUCUACCUGUUCCGCAUCACGGCCCAGACCCGCAAAGGCUGGGGAGAGGCUGCCGAGGCCUUGGUGGUGACCACCGAGAAGCGAGACCGCCCGCAACCCCCCAGCAAGCCGGCGGUGCGACAGGAGGAUGUGAAGGCACGCAGCGUGCUCCUGUCCUGGGAGCCGGGGAGUGACGGGCUGUCCCCCGUGCGCUACUAUACCAUCCAGACCCGUGAGCUGCCCAGCGGCAGGUGGGCGCUGCACUCGGCCUCCGUGAGCCACAACGCCUCCGCCUUCAUUGUGGACAGGCUCAAGCCCUUCACGUCCUACAAGUUCCGAGUGAAGGCGACCAAUGACAUCGGGGACAGCGAGUUCAGUGCGGAGUCGGAGCCCCUCACCACCCUGCAGGCUGCCCCCGACGGAGCACCCACCAUUGUCUCGCUGACACCGCAUACCACCACCUCCGUGCUGAUCCGAUGGCAGCCACCAGCAGAGGACAAGAUCAAUGGCAUUCUCCUGGGCUUCCGGAUCCGGUACCGGGAGCUGCUCUAUGAGGGACUGAGGGGCUUCACACUGCGUGGCAUCCACAACCCGGCAGCCAAGUGGGCAGAGCUUACCUCCAUGUACUCCAUGCGGAACCUGAGCCGGCCUAGCCUCACGCAGUACGAGCUGGACAACCUGAACAAGCACCGGCGAUACGAGAUCCGGAUGAGCGUGUACAACGCCGUGGGCGAGGGGCCCUCCAGCCCCCCACAAGAGGUCUUUGUUGGAGAGGCAGUGCCCACAGCAGCACCCCGCAGCGUGGCCGUCCACAGCGCCACGGCCACACAGCUAGACGUGACGUGGGAGCCGCCCCCGCUGGAGAACCAGAAUGGAGACAUUCAGGGCUACAAGAUUUAUUUCUGGGAAGCCCAGCGACGGAACCUCACAGAACGGGUGAAGACGCUUUUCCUGGCUGAGAACAGCGUGAAGCUCAAGAACCUCACCGGGUACACUGCCUACAUGGUCAGUGUGGCAGCCUUCAAUGCCGCGGGGGACGGGCCUCGGAGCACCCCGACCCAGGGCUGGACCCAGCAAGCAGCCCCCAGUGCUCCCAGCUCAGUCAAGUUCAGCGAGCUGACCACGACCUCUGUGAACGUGUCCUGGGAGGCCCCGCGGUUCCCCAACGGCGUCCUGGAGGGCUACCGGCUGGUGUAUGAACCCUGCACCCCAGUGGACGGAGUCAGUAAGAUUGUGACAGUGGAUGUGAAAGGGAACAGCCCCCUGUGGCUGAAAGUGAAGGACCUGGCAGAGGGGAUGACCUACAGGUUCCGCAUCAGAGCUAAGACCUUCACCUACGGGCCGGAGAUCGAAGCCAACGUCACCACGGGCCCGGGAGAAGGUGCCCCGGGCCCGCCUGGCGUGCCCAUCAUCAUGCGGUACAGCUCUGCCAUCGCCAUCCACUGGUCCAGCGGCGACCCCGGCAAAGGGCCCGUCACCCGCUACGUCAUAGAGGCCAGGCCAUCAGAUGAGGGCCUAUGGGACAUCCUCAUCAAAGACAUCCCCAAGGAGGUGACCUCCUACACAUUCAGCACAGACAUCCUGAAGCCAGGCGUGAGCUAUGACUUCCGGGUCAUCGCAGUCAAUGACUAUGGCUUCGGCACCCCCAGCAGCCCCUCCCAGUCUGUGCCAGCCCAGAAGACCAGCCCGUUCUACGAGGAGUGGUGGUUCUUGGUGGUCAUUGCCCUGGUCGGCCUCAUCUUCAUCCUGCUUCUGGUGUUCGUGCUCAUCAUCCGAGGCCAGAGCAAGAAGUUCGCCAAGAAGACGGACUCGGGCAACAACGCAAAGUCUGGUGCCCUGGGCCACGGGGAGAUGAUGAGCUUGGAUGAAAGCAGUUUUCCUGCCCUGGAACUCAACAACCGGCGGCUCUCCGUCAAGAACUCCUUCUGCCGAAAGAACGGCCUGUACACCAGGUCUCCUCCCCGGCCCAGCCCAGGCAGCCUCCACUACUCCGACGAGGAUGUCACCAAGUACAACGACCUCAUCCCGGCAGAGAGCAGCAGCCUGACUGAGAAGCCCUCAGAAAUCUCUGACUCUCAGGGAAGCGACAGCGAGUAUGAGGUCGAUCCGAACCACCAGAAGGCCCACUCCUUUGUCAACCACUACAUCAGCGAUCCCACCUAUUACAACUCGUGGCGGCGCCAGCAGAAGGGGAUCUCGCGGGCUCAGGCCUACAGCUACACAGAGAGCGACUCGGGCGAGCCGGACCACACCACCAUCACCAACAGCAGCGGCGCCCCACAGGGCAGCCUCUUCCGGCCCAAGGCCAGUCGGACCCCAACGCCCCAAAACCCCCCGAACCCUCCGAGUCAGCAGAGUACCCUCUACCGUCCUCCCAGCAGCCUCACCCCUGGCUCCCGGGCCCCCAUAGCAGGAUUUUCAUCAUUUGUUUGAUGUCUGAAGAGGAAAAAGAAAGAAAAAUGGCACCAAACUCCCCUUUCCUGUCCUCCCCUUACCGCCUGCCAGAACAGAAAAACGCCAAGAAACCAAGGAACCAAGUCAGCUUUUCACCUCCUGAGUUUAUUUUUGCAGAGAUUCCAGGGCCAGCAAAGCCAGGGUUGAGAAGGAGGGAGAAAAAAACAUGAAGGACGUGUGUGGCCGAGGGUUGGCUUCCAGAUUGUGGGGCUCAAUGCUCCUUCAGAGACAGCAGUUGGGGGCUUGAGCCCCUGGAGAGGAGGGAGAGAAGGCAGAAGUCUGGAGGGCUCAGGGCACGGGUGGCUGCAGGGAGAAGAAGCUUCUGGGCAUCCAGACAGCUGCCCGCUCUGGCCUGCGUGGGAGUCCUGGGCCCGCUGCUGGCUGAGCUGCACACAGAGGGGCAUCUGUGGGCGCAAACUCGCCUGCUCCCGCUGCGUCCUCUCACCCCACCCCUGCACCGCCGGAGGGCCAGGCUGGCCCUGCUGGCCCCCGCCCUGCUCCUCAGCCUCUGCUACCUGCUCCCUUACUUCUCCACCCCACAGAUGGUUUAUCUAGAAAGAGGAAAACACCUGAAAGAUGAGAAUUGGCUUAGCUAGCGCCUUGUUCCUAACAUACCUGCUUUAUUGUGAAUCCAAGGAAGAGGGCCCCUCGGGGUGGAGGAGAGUCCCCCCAACACUGAACCCAGCUGUCCUUUACUUGAAUUCACUUUCCUGAGCACAUACCCAGGAGAGAUGAGCUCGGAGAGCUGAGGUAGGGGCCUCCCGGGAAUAAUGGGAUGGAGCACAGGAAGUCAGGCAUGUGCCAAGGAAGCAGUGUAGGCACUGCCCCCUCCUUAAAGGAAGUUACUUGGACAAGGAAAUUGGGCGUGCGUGGGGGAGCUGGGCAGGGGUACAGGAGUGCCGUCCAGGCAGACACUCCCAUCUCCCCAAGUGGACAUCUUCAUCCUAAGACAUGUACCCGGGGACCUGCAAGGAAGAGGGUCUGGGGAUGCACUCCAAGGGAAACCCUUUGGGUCCUCCUAGCCAAAUAGGACACUCCCUUUCAGAUCUGUGGCCCCCUCAUUCUCAACCCUCAGCUCCUUGAAUGUAAAAUACCCCACCUCCCAAGCACAGGGGCACAGAGGCCCAGGGAUGGGCCAAGUCCCUGGUCCAGAGGCUGGAGCUCCCAGACUGUGCCCAGUUGGCCCGGCACCCGGUUUACAAAGAGUCAAGGACCAUCCCAGCACCCCCAGUGAUGUCCUCCAGGUUCGGCUCAGCCUAGCCAGGCCUCAGAGUGAGGAUGGCCGAGUCCAAAGUGAACCCGAUCCCAAGAUGCACAGCCAGGCCGGCUGGGAGGAGCAGGUCAGAUGGGACCAAGGGUUAAGAAUAGCUGACAGGAGGCAAAGCUUUUACACACAGUCUGCUCCAAGGAAUGUUCUUUAGAAAGCCACUUCUGGUGGCCUGGGUCUUCCCAUCAGCUCAGGACUUGCAGAUGCAGGGAUUGAGGGAGGGGCCUCUCUGUGUAAUUCCCUGGGCUCCUGGGCCCUGGGCAUCCCCAGCCAGCCCUGCAAAGCCACCCACCCCCGCAGUUGGGAUGGUUGGCCACCUUUGUGAGAGGAGAUAGCUGGCAGAGCCAUGUCAGUUCAGCGUGGGGCCCCUCACUGGGGGUGCUAAACGGCACUGCAUGCCCUGCACAGGAGGAGGUGGUGCCCAUUUAGGGGAUGAAGAGGACAGGAGGCCUGAGUGGAGGAUUUGGGGAGCAAGCCAAGGAAAGAGAGGCACUGUACCCCUCCCCACUGGCCCCCAGUCAGGUGACUGGAUUGGAAGCAGGGCCAGGGGCCCAAGGAAGGGGCACCCCCAGCCAUGGGCUCUUCCCACAUGUUCAGACCCCCAGGGAAUGUGUAUGGGGAGAAGCUGAAAGAUGGCCCAGUAGACUGGCUGACCCCGCUCUGGGCUCUGAGCAGCGCUUCUCCAGUAAGUGGGCCGGGAAGGGAAGCACAGUCUUCCCCCCGAAGGAGGUGCCAGCCUGAGGUCUGCCCCUGUGUACAUUUGUCGUCACCAUAGCAGCCAAGUCUGCAGCGGCCCGCCUGUGAUCACACUGCCGCUUUCUCUUUCCUUUCCUUUUAUCUUUCUUUUUUUUUUUUAGCCACCUGUGCUUUUCCCUAUCUGUUGUGUGUUUCACCAUUUAAGGAAAUUUCAAAUUAUCUUAGCCCAGCCCAGUGAGGGGUUUUUGGAGGGAAAGCAAGGAUGAGUGUAAACAUAGUGUAUAUGCAUAUAUAUCGCACAUGAGGCCAGAUUUCCUUUGCCUUCCAUGAGUCAUCUGGUGCACUGAGAUAUUGCCCCUCUCUGUCCCCCGUGCUCACUCACACCCACCCUGACCCAUGUGCACACUGGGAAUGGUGCCAUGCACACCUGGGCUCAUGUACAUGCCACACAGACAUACACAGAAUGCACGUCCGUGUUAUGUGAGCAAGGUCUCUUUCGGCUGCCUCCGACAUCUUGAGUCGUCUCUCCCGUGUGAGGCCAGGGCAGCCUGAGUCACUCCCCUGUGGGGUGCGGCUGGCAUCUGUUGACAGAACAGGUGAAGACACUGCAACCCAGCACUCAGGCAAGCCCGUUGGAAGUUCAGCGUGGGGCCCCUCACUGGGGGUGCUAAACGGCACUGCAUGCCCUGCACAGGAGGAGGUGGUGCCCAUUUAGGGGAUGAAGAGGACAGGAGGCCUGAGUGGAGGAUUUGGGGAGCAGGCCUGAGUUGGAAGGCCCACCCUUGGUCAAUACCCACCCUGCCGCCCCAGCCACAUCUGGAAGCUCAGGGCUCUAGCUGUGAACUUUAGAUUUCUAAGAGGACAUCUCUUUGCCCUUGUUUACAUAUCUGCUGGGGCGGUGGAGGUUCCCAACCCCUGUCCAGACUUUGCAUUAGAUGGAUGUGGUGGGUGUGCACUGCCUGUGGGCAACAGGGGGCCUCCCUGACCAUUGCUUUUCUGGGUCAAGGCUGCCAGGGCCCCUGAAGUGGCUUCACGUGAGGACCUUCAGCACCUUGGGGCUUUGCCUCCCUGUGUCCUCAGGAGUCUCCCGGGGCCGCCCUGCCCUCCUGGCUGCACCACCAGCUGUCCCAGCAGCCCCACACCCAGACUACCAAGACAAACCAAAAAGACACUCUAGGUUCCAGAAGCACCUUCCUCCCAGGGCCCCAGGGAGUUUGCAGACCCAGGCUGGUGCCCCUGCUUUCCCCCGACCUGACACUGCCGUGAUUCCGAUGAAGCAAGGACACCAACAGCUGCCCCGCGUGGCAUGCACUGCUGCCUUGAGACCUUCUGUCUCUGCCCCCCGCCCUCCCUGGGCAGAGCUUUUAAAGGUGCCAGAGCCUCCCCUAAGCCCACUGUGGGCAGGGGCUUCCCUCAACUUCCCACAGUGCACAUCUGAAGGUGCCCACACAGGGUGAGGGGCUGAUGGCAGGAAGGGACAGGGGCACCAUCGGCGCAGAAUGUCUUUGUACAGCCCCACUCAGUGGCAACCCUGGGCACAGGUGCCCUCCUGGGACACCCUCCUUCUGUUUGUUUCCGUAAGAAUAACCAAAAUCAUUUCAAUGUGUUACCUUUCUUUACACAUACAGACUCCAAAACAAAAA